AUGGGUCGAUGCCCUUGUUUUGGGUUGAGGAGGAAGGGCAAAGGGAAGAACCUCAAGACUCAGGAGGAAGAAAACAAGGUUGCGAAGAAUGAUGAACCUGAAGAGAAUGUCCCUCAAAAAUCUUCAGGAGUUAGACCAGAAGAAAAUCAAACAGAAGAGAGUAUUCCCUCUAAUAAGGCUCACAUAUUUACCUUCCGAGAGCUUGCAACGGCAACAAAAAAUUUUAGGGAUGAAACCUUUAUUGGGCAAGGUGGGUUUGGCACUGUUUACAAAGGAAAGUUAGAGAAAACAAAUCAGGUUGUAGCUGUUAAAAGACUUGAUACUACUGGUGUCCAAGGGGAGAAAGAAUUUCUGGUGGAAGUUCUCAUGCUUUCUCUUCUACGCCAUGCCAACCUUGUUAACAUGAUUGGUUACUGUGCUGAAGGGGAUCAACGUCUUCUUGUGUAUGAAUACAUGCCUUUGGGAUCCUUAGAAUCUCAUCUCCAUGAUAUUUCAUCUGAUAAAGAACCUCUUGAUUGGAAUACCAGAAUGAUGAUAGCUGGUGGAGCAGCAAAUGGACUAAACUAUUUGCACCAUGAAGCAAAGCCUUCUGUUAUAUACAGGGAUCUAAAAUCUUCCAACAUACUAUUGGAUGAAGAUUUCCAUCCAAAACUUUCUGAUUUUGGGCUUGCAAAAUUUGGUCCAACUGGAGACCAAUCAUAUGUUGCCACUAGGGUUAUGGGAACACAAGGUUACUGUGCCCCAGAAUAUGCCACUAGUGGAAAAUUAACAAUGAGAUCAGACAUUUACAGUUUCGGGGUUGUGUUAUUGGAGUUAAUUACUGGACGUAGAGCAUAUGAUGAUACUCGUGGCCCAGACAAGCAUCUCGUUGACUGGGCACGCCCAGUGUUUAGGGACAAAAGGAGUUUUCCAAGAUUGGCAGAUCCACGGUUGAAAGGUCAGUUCCCAGGAUCUGGUCUAAGGAUGGCCGUUGAAUUAGCAGCCAUGUGUCUUCGAGAAGAGCCACGUCACCGGCCUGAUGCGGGUGAUAUAGUGCUAGCUAUAGAGUACUUGUCAUCCAAGCAAUAUGCCCCAAAAGUAUCCAACGUAGUUAACACAGGAGGGAUAGAGAGUGACGAGUCCUCAAAAGAGACAUCAGUGAUUUUGCCUAAAGACUCACAAAGAGAGCGAGCUGUUGCUGAGGCCAAGCUGUGGGGAGAGACGUGGAGACAGAAAAGACAAAGUUGUCAAAGUAGUCCUGAGGAAGCAAAUAGGUAG